AUGGUUGCUUUCGUCUUCGCUUCAGUUCUCUUCUCAUCCCUAGUCUUCGGUAUUUUUGCCGAUAAGUGCAAGUAUUCAAAAGAAUGUCCUGGCGACGAGGUCUGCUUGAUGGGAGAGUGCCAAUGCCCGGAAGGGCAAAUCACCUACUAUGACACCUGUGUAUACAAGAACAAAGAGUGCUCCGAAAUUGGACAGAUUCUUAUCGACGGACAGUGCUUCAAGAAAUCUUGGGUACAUCAACGUUGUAUGCGUGACCAACAGUGUCUUGGUGGAGCUGUUUGUCAGGAGGGCUUCUGCGAAUGUCCCGCAAAUAGCAUUCAAGACGGAAAGCGGUGUAUCAUUCGUACACAUUGCGGAGUUGGCAAAGUCUAUGUCAACGGAAAAUGUUAUGAAACUGUUGGUAUCUAUGAGAACUGUACCGUUGACGAACAAUGCUUGGGUGGCUCAGUUUGCGUCAACGAAACCUGCAGAUGCCCUCGUGGAUCAUGUUAUGGCAAUGGCAAUGAAUGUGGCUAUUGCGAGUGGGAUGAAAUUGAAGUUAAAGGGGAGUGUUUUGCUAGCGUUAAUGUCGAUGAAGAAUGCAAAAUGUCAGAGCAAUGCCCAUCUGGGGCUGAAUGCAUUAAGGGAUUCUGCAAAUGUCCAGCUGGUACCAAACUUGAUUCCCAUGGGUGUUUCACCGACAGUGAAACGAACUGCAAAGAUAAACAAAUAUUUAUUAAGAUUCGUGAUGAUGAACGCUGCUACGACAGAGUAUCAAUCAACGGCAAGUGCGUGCACACCGAACAGUGUCUUGGUGAUUCAAUUUGUGUAGAUUCGGUCUGUAAGUGUCCAAAUGGCAAGGAAGCAACUAGUGGGCGGUGCUUUGCAAAACCCUUGUGCAAGUCCUACGAGGUUGCUGUGGAAGGAAAAUGCUGGGAUAAGGUGUCAAUUGGAUCAACAUGCGUUCACAGGGAACAGUGUAUAGCUAAGGCAACUUGCGUUCGCAUGGAUGUAGAUCAAUCAGGAAUCUGCCAGUGUGACUCUAAUACCCAAUACGAUGGAAAAGAAUGCUACGAAAGACCAAUGAUUAGAUGCCCGUACGAUUGGAUUUCCGUUAACGAUACUGUCUGCCUUCCUCAAGAAAGUAUUGGUAGCCGUUGCUUGAGUUCGGCACAGUGUAAAGGCUGGGCACACUGCAUUAGAGGUGUAUGCAGUUGUGCACCUGGACAUAAGGAACUUAAUCAAAUUUGUCGUUCAUUGAGUCAACUUAAAAACUAA